AUGCCAAUGCCAGACACAUUCCACGCCGGCCACGACGCUGAAAGCUUUGAACUUCCAAAAGAGGCUCGAGAGUUAAAAGCAACAAAAAAGAGGGUGGAGCUGGCCACUGGAAGGCGUGAUGCCGGCACUUCGUCUGGCCGGAGCGAAAUUACAGUGCACAGCCGCCACGCUCGCAUCAGCGAGGAGCAUCAGGCAAUCAUCCUCUCUCCA